CCGCAUCUUCUAAGCUUCGUCUUCUUUACUUUUAACCUUUACUUUCUUUUUUUCAUUCUUAUUACAUCUAUGCCUUGCUUCGUGCUAAAUUAAGACCCAAUUGAUUCACACGAAGCCAUGCCGAGUCCUGAGACAUCUUCUGCAGAAGGCGCCCGAGGGGUGUCGAAUCAACAAAGGCGCGAGGAAACCACAGACCUUCCCUCUUUCUAUUCUCCACGAUCGCGGCCGAACCGGGAACCAGAGCCUGGGAUUGCGACUCACAUAGACCACGACGACGACGACGAAUUAUCCCUCUCCUCACUUAGUCUAUCGCCGAAACCCACAAUAACAUCCAAUACAACAGAAGAUGCGAGCCGACCGCCGCCACCAUCACUACUUUCACCCGCUUUCACGCCCCCCGCUACGCCCGGUAUCGCGACGCCUACACCUCCUGCCGAACAACAGCCUCGGGGUGUUCCUGUAGACUCUUCUGUCCCUUCCGGCGGCUGUGGUAGCAAACGACCGAAACUACUAGAGACAUUACCCGAAGUACAAUGUAUAGUGCGUGCUCGGAUUCCGACCGUCUCUGGAACUGAGAUGUUUUUACAUCUAUACACAAAUAAUGUCGACAAUAAGGAACACCUCGCUAUAGUAUUCGGUCCACAUAUUAGGAGCAAGUCGCUUGAUGCGCCGAGGGAAGGGGAGACGGAAAUGGAUCGCAUGGUUAGAGGUGCAUAUACCGGCCGUCUUUAUCCAGGAAGGACACGAAGUGGUAUGCUCAGUGGCUCGUCCUCUGCUGAGGAAGAGGAGGCAAUCCCUUCCCCGAAUGGCCCGCCGCUUGUUCGGAUACAUUCGGAAUGCUAUACCGGUGAAACUGCGUGGUCUGCGCGAUGUGACUGUGGCGAGCAAUUAGACGAGGCGGCAAGGCUCAUGUCUCUACCGAGCGCAGUCAAUGGGGGCAUUGUGAUCUACUUGCGGCAAGAGGGCCGUGGGAUUGGCCUUGGAGAGAAACUUAAGGCGUAUAAUCUACAAGACCUAGGAUCCGAUACUGUUGAGGCCAACUUAUUGCUUCGGCAUCCGGCGGAUGCGCGAAGUUACGGGCUUGCAACAGCAAUGCUACUUGACUUGGGACAAACAGAGGUUCGGUUGCUGACUAACAACCCGGACAAAAUCCGAGCUGUUGAAGGGCCGAAUAGAGAAGUUAGAGUAACGGAGCGGGUGGCAAUGGUACCUUUAAGUUGGAAGGGUAAAGGUGGUUUCCGAAGUAGAGAAGUUGAAGGAUAUCUGAAGACUAAGAUCGAGAAAAUGGGACAUAUGUUAGAUAUGGGUGGCAUACCUCGUUGAUACGCAAAGAGUGACUGACUACCGCAUAUCGUGUAUUACUCAGCGCACGGAUAAGACGGGUAUACUAGAAUUGUACUUCUCUGCGCAUAUGGGAGGAUGGUUGGGAUAUAGAAUUACAUGUAAAACAGAUACUUCUAUUUGGUUACUUCUUUCGCAUUUGUAUACUAUCUUGGACGAUAGGGCAGGUAUAUACUCAUAAGGUCUAUACAGAAACCAAGAUAUUUGUGCAUUAGAAAAUAAUCUUGAUUGAGGUUAUUCCGAA